GAGGGAAGUUGCAUUGCCUCGGGAGAGCUAACCGUAGGCUGGUGAGUGGACGGAGAAGCCAUCAGAAGUGCACAAGUUCUUGGACAGGAUCUGCGUGUUUGCCAUCAUGGUGAAGUCUUGCUGCGCCAUCAACUGCAACAACAAAUUUUCACUCGGCAAUAACAUCUCAUUCCACAGGUUUCCUCUUGGGAGAAAAGACCUGUUAAAGAAGUGGGUCUGGAACAUUCGCCGGAAGAACUUCUGUCCCACGCGCCACCACGUCAUCUGCUCGGAGCACUUCGAGGAGGCGGACUACCUUGAGAACGUGGCGUCCGGGAGGCGAUACCUAAAGCCCGACGCUGUUCCCACAGUAUUCAGCAAACCUGAGCGGCUAAAGAGGGGCCCUAAAAAGAGAAGACCCCUGCUCCGACGAAAGCCCCCCGAUCCUGAGCCGCCAAAGCCCAAGUCCGGCGGUGUAGAAGCACCAUCUCCGGGGAGCGAUGUCGUCGGUCUGGAACAUUCCUAUUCCCUCCCAGUGAGCCCAGCCCCGGAUCUUCACUUGGCACCUGUACGGGAGCAACGCCCGGCAGACCCCGAAGCGGGCAAAGGCCCCCGCCUCCUCCAGGCUAGGCCGAAGAGAGAAUGCAGGGAGAGGGCGAGGCCAAAUUUCCCAGAUGGGCCCGUGGCCAUCUCCGCCGGGGAGCGCCGGAGCUUCCGCCAGCUCCGCUACCAGGAAGUUGACGGGCCCCUUGAACUCUGCAGACGCCUCUGGGAGCUUUGCCACCUGUGGCUGAAGCCCGGGAAGCACACCAAGCUGCAGAUGUUGGACCUGGUGAUCUUGGAGCAGUUCUUGGCCGUCCUGCCCCCGGAGAUGCGGAGCUACGUCCAGGGAGAAGACCCCGCCAACUGCGACCAGGCGGUGUCCCUGGCAGAGGACUUCCUGCGGAACCAGCAAGGGGGAGAGGUGCGGAGGCCACCGGCAGAGAAGUCUCCCCUGGGCACCUGGCAUAAGCUUCAGUUCAAGGAUACCCCACAGAAGGAGGCCAGAAACGCCACCUCACUGAGUGACAGGAGCGUGAGAGAGACCACGGCAGAGGAUGCUCACCUGGAAGUCCCCAUGUCCGAAGAAGAAAUGUCCCAGGAGAUCGCUUCCUCCGUGACUAUCGAGGCAGGUGACGUGUGGGAGAGCGACAUCGAAGGGGAGCCAUGUGGCGUGUCAGUAGGAAACGAGGGCAUUGAUGCAGAAGGGAAUUGCGGGAUUCGAGAUGGAGCAAAGAACCAGGAGGAAACCAAACCAGCUGAGGAGUGCAACAGGAAACUAGCAGGUGAUGGCCACGUUCAGGAAGAACCGUCCCAAGAAGGCGAAGUGUCAUUGGACAAAGACGAAGGGGGAGUCUUCCAGAGUCCGAAUACAGAAGAGUUUUCUGGAAACUUGGAGGGAAUGGAAAGGUCCCAGCAAGCCUCGCAAGGGAAAACGGCAAAAGAAAAUCCAUAUAAAUGCGCCCACUGUGAAGAGAGCUUCCCUAAGAGAUCACAGUUGGUUAUGCAUGAGAAGAGUCACGGUGGGGAGAAGCACAUCUGCUCGCAGUGUGGCAAAUGUUUCUCUUACCAGUCCGAUCUUGUAAGCCACGAGAGAAGCCACAGCGAUGAGAAACCAUACCAGUGCUUGGACUGUGGGAAGAGCUUUCGUGAGAAAGCAUAUGUUGCGCAGCACCAGAGAAUCCACACGGGAGAGAGGCCGUACGCGUGCUCCGAGUGUGGGAAAAGCUUCUUCCGCAGAGGGUCCCUCAUUUUGCACGAGAGAAUCCACACGGGAGAGAAGCUCUACAAGUGCUCGGACUGUGGGAAGAGCUUCAAUCGGAAGCCACACCUCGCGGUCCACAAGCGAAUCCACACAGGAGAGAAGCCGUACGAGUGCUCGGACUGUGGGAAAAAUUUCACGGUGAAGUCUGCUCUUAAUGUCCACAUGCGAACCCAUUCAGAAGAGAAGCCCUACAUGUGCUCCGUUUGCGGGAAAAGCUUCCGCGAGAAAGGAACCCUUAACAUACACAAGCAGAGCCAUACGUCUGAAAAGCCGUACCAGUGCGCCGAAUGUGGGAAAUGCUUCAGUUACACCGCAUCGUUUAGGAGACAUAAGAAGACUCAUGCCAGGGGUGCUGCCGUGAAAUCGUACGAAUGCCCCGAAUGUGGGAAAAGCUUUGGCCGCAAAGACUACCUUAUCACACACCGGAGAAUCCAUACAGGAGAGAAGCCUUAUGUCUGCCCCGUGUGUGGGAAAGGCUUCAAUCACGGUGCAACUCUGGUUACGCAUAAAAGAACCCAUACAGGAGAGAAGCCAUAUGAGUGCUCCGAGUGCGAUAAAAGCUUUAAACAAAUUUCGGGCCUCAUCACACAUCGGAGAACGCACACUGGAGAGAAACCAUACGAAUGUUUGGACUGCGGCAAACGCUUUAUUCUGAAGUCCUACCUUGAUGUACACAAGAGAAUCCACACCGGAGAGAGGCCCUAUCAGUGUGCUCAGUGUGGGAAAGGCUUCUCUUGCUCUUCUUAUCUUUUGAGACACGAGAAAACCCACACAGGGGAAAGACCACAUACGUGCUCUGAGUGCGGCCAAAGCUUUCACUGGAAACGUUCCCUCAUUAUGCACAAGCGCAAGCACACGGGAGAACAGACUCUGCACGAAUGUGUGGUCUGUGGCAAAAACUUCAGCUGGACGUCUGCUCUCGCUGUGCACAUGAGGACUCACACAGGUGAGAAACCAUAUGCCUGCUCCGAGUGCGGGAAGCAAUUCAGUGGCAAGUGGAUCCUCAUCCAGCACAAGAGAAUUCACACUGGAGAGAAGCCGUACGAAUGCCCUGAGUGCAGGAAAACCUUCCAUGCAAAGUCGUCCCUUCUCGCACACCAAAGAACCCACACUGGAGAGAAACCGUACGAAUGUUCCGAGUGUGGGAAAAGCUACAGCGUGAAAGCAAACUACGUUGCGCAUCUGAGGACGCAUACGGGAGAGAAACCUUAUGAGUGCUCUGAUUGUGGGAAAAGCUUCUAUAAAAAAGAUCGCCUGAUGACGCACAGGAGAACCCACACAGGAGAGAAGCCAUACCAGUGCUCUGUGUGUGGGAAAGGGUUCAACUGGAAAGUUGGUCUGAUUAACCACAUGAGAAUCCACACGGGAGAGAAGCCAUAUGCAUGCUCCGAGUGUGGGAAAUGCUUCCAUAAGAAAGAUCACCUUGCUAGACACGAGAUCAUCCAUACAGGCGAGAAACCCUACGAGUGCUUCGAGUGUGGGAAAAGCUUUAAUCAAAAAGUCGCCCUCAUUGUGCACAAGAGGACUCACACAGGAGAAAAACCAUAUAAAUGCUCAGAGUGCGGGAAAAGUUUCAGCUGGAAAAAAUCACUUAUUACGCACAAGGCCGCCCAUACGGGAAAGAAACCCUACGAAUGUUCUAAGUGUUCGGAAAGCUUCAGCCGACGUUCCCACCUUGCAGAACAUGAAAGCACGCACACAGACCCCGAAGCAAAGAGGAAAGAUCUUCAUGGACAUCAAAACAUUGACAGAGGACAAAAAUGUUAUCAAUGCCUGGAAUGUGGAAAGAGCUUCAGUACGAGUUCAUACCUUAUUUCCCAUCAAAGAGUCCACACAGGAGAGAAACCAUAUCAGUGUUCAGAGUGUGGAAGGAGCUUUAGUCACACUGGCAACCUCACUUCCCAUCAAAGAAUCCACACUGGAGAGAAACCAUAUCAAUGUUCUGAGUGUGGAAAGCGCUUCAUUCGGAGAUCACACCUCACUUCCCAUCAAAGAAUCCAUACAGGAGAGAAACCAUAUCAGUGCUCAGAGUGUGGAAGGAGUUUCCAUAGAAGUGACUCUCUCACUUCGCAUCAAAGAAUCCAUACAGGAGAGAAACCAUAUCAGUGCUCAGAGUGUGGAAAGUAUUUCAGUCACAGUUGCGCCCUCACUUUGCAUCGAAGAAUCCAUACAGGAGAGAAACCAUAUCAGUGCUCAGAGUGUGGAAGGAGUUUCCAUAGGAGUGACUCCCUCACUUCGCAUCAAAGAAUCCAUACAGGAGAGAAACCAUAUCAGUGCUCAGAGUGUGGAAAGUAUUUCAGUCACAGUUGCGCCCUCACUUUGCAUCGAAGAAUCCAUACAGGAGAGAAACCAUAUAAAUGCUCAGCAUGUGGAAAGAGUUUCCGUGAGAGUGGCACCCUCACUUCGCAUCAAAGAAUCCAUACAGGAGAGAAACCAUAUCAGUGCUCAGAGUGUGGAAAGCAUUUCAGUCACAGUUCUGCCCUCACUUGUCAUCAAAGAAUCCAUACAGGAGAGAAACCGUAUGAGUGCUCAGAGUGUGGAAAGAGCUUCAGUCAGAGUGGCCCCCUCAUUUCCCAUCAAAGAAUCCAUACAGGAGAGAAACCAUAUCAGUGCUUAGAGUGUGGAAAAAGCUUCAGUCACAGUGGCUCCCUCACUUCCCAUCAAAGAAUCCAUUCUGGAAAGAAACCAUAUCAGUGCUCAGAGUGUGGAAAAAGCUUCAGUCAGAGUUGCUCUCUUACUUAUCAUCAAAGAACACACAGAGGAGAAACCAUCUCAAUACUGAGCACAGGACAAAAAUGUUAUCAAUGCCUGGAAUGUGGAAUGAGUUUCAGUAGGAGUUCAUACCUUAUCUCCCAUCAAAGAAUCCACACAGAAGAGGAACCAUAUCAGUGCUCAGAGUUUGGAAGGAGUUUCCAUAGAAGUGGCUCCCUCACAUCCCAUCAAAGAAUCCAUACGGGAGAGAAACCAUAUCAGUGCUCAGAGUGUGGAAGGAGUUUCCAUAGAAGGGGCUCCCUCACUUCCCAUCAAAGAAUCCAUACAGGAGAGAAACCAUAUCCGUGCUCAGAGUGUGGAAAGCAUUUCAGGCAGAGUUCUGCCCUCUCUUACCAUCAAAGAAUCCAUACAGGAGAGAAACCAUAUCAGUGCUCAGAGUGUGGAAGGAGUUUCCAUAGAAGUGACUACCUCACAUUCCAUCAAAGAAUCCAUACAGGAGAGAAACCAUAUCAGUGCUCAGAGUGUGGAAGGAGUUUCCGUAGAAGGGGCUCCCUCACUUCCCAUCAAAGAAUCCAUACAGGAGAGAAACCAUAUCCGUGCUCAGAGUGUGGAAAGCAUUUCAGGCACAGUUCUGCCCUCACUUCCCAUCAAAGAAUCCAUACAGGAGAGAAACCAUAUCAGUGCUCAGAGUGUGGAAGGAGCUUCAGUCAGAGUGGCUCCCUCACUACCCAUCAAAGAAUCCAUUCAGGAGAGAAACCAUAUCAGUGCUCAGAGUGUGGGAAAAGCUUCAGUCAGAGUUGCUCUCUCACUUACCAUCAAAGAACACACACAGAGGAGAAACCAUCUCAAUACUGAGAAUGUGGAAAGAGCUUCACUCAGAUUUCCAAUCUUGAUGGACAUGAAGGAAUCCACAGAAGAGAAAAAUGUACUUGCCUGGAAUGUAGGAGGAGUGUCCGUCAGAGUGAAAGCCUUACUUCCCAUCAAAGAAUCCGUACGGGAGAGAAACCAUAUCAGUGCUCUGAGUGUGGAAAGAGUUUCCAUAAGAGUUGCAACCUCACUGCCCAUCAACGAAUCCAUACAGGAGAGAAACCAUAUCAGUGCUCAGAGUGUGGAAAGAGUUUCCGUGAGAGUGGCGCCCUCACUACCCACCAAAGAAUCCAUACAGGAGAGAAACCAUAUCAGUGCUCAGAGUGUAGAAAAAGCUUCAGUCAGCGUUCCAGCUUUACUACCCAUCAAAGAAUCCAUACAGGAGAGAAACCAUAUCAGUGCUCAGAGUGUGGAAAGAGUUUCCGUGAGAGUAGCGCCCUCACUUCCCACCAAAGGAUCCAUACAGGAGAGAAACCCUAUCAGUGCCCAGAGUGUAAAAAAAGCUUCACUCAGCGUUCCAGCCUCACUUCCCAUCAACGAAUCCAUACAGGAGAGAAACCGUAUCAGUGCUCAGAGUGUGGAAAGAGCUUCAUUCGGAGAUCACACCUUGCUUCCCAUCAAAGAAUCCAUACAGGAGAAAAAUUAUAUCAGUGCUCAGAAUGUGGAAAGAGUUUCAGGUGGAGUUCACACCUUACUUCCCAUCAAAGAACCCACACGGGAGAAAAAUGUUAUCAAUGCCUGGAAUGUGGAAAGAGUUUCAGUAAGAGUUCACUUCUUAUUUCCCACCAAAGAAUCCAUACAGGAGAGAAACCAUAUCAGUGCACAGAAUGUGGAAAGAGCUUCAGUCAGAGUGGCUCCCUCACUUCCCAUCAACAGAUCCAUACAGGAGAGAAACCGUAUCAGUGCUCAGAGUGUGGAAGGAGUUUCUGUAGAAGUGACUCCCUCAUUUCCCAUCAAAGAAUCCAUACAGGCGAGAAACCGCAUCAGUGCUCAGAGUGUGGAAAGAGCUUCAGUCACAGUAGCAAUCUCACUUCCCAUCAACGAAUCCAUACAGGAGAGAAACCAUAUCAGUGCUCAGAGUGUGGAAAGAGCUUCAGUCACAGUUGCAACCUCGCUUCCCAUCAACGAAUCCAUAGAGAAGAGAAACCAUAUCAGUGCUCAGAGUGUGGAAGAAGUUUCAGUAGAAGUUACUCCCUCAUUUCCCAUCAAAGAAUCCAUACAGGAGAGAAACCAUAUCAGUGCUCAGAGUGUGGAAAAAGAUUCAGUCACAGUAGCAACCUCACUUCCCAUCAAAGAAUCCAUACAGGAGAGAAACCAUAUCAGUGCUCAGAGUGUGGAAAGAGUUUCAGGCAGUAUUCCACCCUCACUUUGCACCAAAGAAUCCAUACAGGAGAGAAACCAUAUCAGUGCUCAGAGUGUGGAAAGAGUUUCAGGCAGUAUUCCACCCUCACUUUGCACCAAAGAAUCCAUACAGGAGAGAAACCAUAUCAGUGUUCAGAGUGUGGAAAGUGCUUCGCUCAGAGUCAUGCCCUCACUUCACAUCAACGAAUCCAUACAAAAGAGAAACCAUAUUAGUGCUCAGAGUGUGGAAAGAGUGUCAGUCGAAGUGAAACCCUCACUUCCCAUCAAAAGAUCCAUAUAGGAGAGAAACCGUAUCAGUGCCCUGAGUGUGGAAAGUCCUUCAGUUGGAGAUCAAAGCUUUCUUCUCAUCAAAGAAUCCAUACAGGAGAGAAACCAUAUCAGUGCUCAGAAUGUGGAAAGAGCUUCAGAUUGAGUAGCUCCCUCACUUCUCAUCAAAGAAUCCAUACAGGAGAGAAACCUUAUCUGUGCUCAGAGUGUGGAAAAAGCUUCCGUCACAGUUCACACCUCGCUUCCCAUGAAAGAAUCCAUACUGGCAAGAAACCAUAUCAGUGUUCAGAGUGUGGAAAGAGUUUCCGUAAGAGUUGCAUCCUCACUGCCCAUCAAAGAAUCCAUACGGGAGAGAAACCAUAUCAGUGCUCAGAGUGUGGAAAGAGCUUCAGCCAGAGUAGCACCCUCAUUUCUCAUCAAAGAAUCCAUGCAGGUGAGAAAUCUUUUCUGUGCUCAGAGUGUGGAAAGAGUUUCCAUAAGAGUUGCAACCUCAUUUCUCAUCAGAGAAACCAUACAGGAGAGAAACCAUUUCAGUGCUCAGACUGUGGAAAGAAUUUCCGUAAGAGUUCCACCUUCAUUUCCCAUCAAAGUAUCCAUACGGGAGAGAAACCAUAUCAGUGCUCAGAAUGUGGAAAGAGUUUCCAUAAGAGUUGCAACCUCACUUCUCAUCAAAGGAACCAUAGAGGAGAGAAACCAUUUCAGUGCUCAGAGUGUGGAAAGACCUUCAGUCAGUAUUGCACUCUCACUUCACAUCAAAGAAUCCAUACAGGCAACAAACCAUAUCAUUGCUCAGUGUGUGGAAAGAGUUUCUAUAAGAGUUCCAAUCUCACUUACCAUCAAAGAAUUCAUACGGGAGAGAAACCAUAUCAGUGCUCAGAGUGUGGAAAGAGUUUCAGUCAGUAUUCCACCCUCACUUGCCAUCAAAGAAUCCAUACAGGAGAGAAACCAUAUCAGUGUUCAGAGUGCGGAAAGCGCUUCGCUCAGAGUCACACCCUCACUUCACAUCAAAGAAUCCAUACAGGAGAGAAACCAUAUCAGUGCUCAGAGUGCGGAAAGAGCUUCAGUCAGAAUUGCACCCUCACUUCUCAUCAAAGAAUCCAUACAGGAGAGAAACCAUAUCAGUGUUCAGAGUGUGGAAAGAGCUUCAGUCAGAGUAGCGCCCUCACUUCUCAUCAAAGAAUCCAUACAGGAGAGAAACCAUAUCAGUGUUCAGAGUGUGGAAAAAGAUUUAGGUACCGUUCGCACCUCACUUCCCAUCAGAUAAUCCCUACAGGAGGGAAACCAUAUCCGUGCUCUGAGUGAGGAAAGAGUUUCCGUUAGAAUUGCAACCUCACUUCCCUUCAAAGAGCCCGCACAGGUGAAACCAUAUCAGUAGUCAGAAUGCAGAAAGAGCUACACUUGGCGUGACACACGAAUAUUCACAUAGGGGAGC